CAGUGAAAGUGAAACUUAGAUGAACUGGAAGCUUCGACAAACAACAACACUUCUGUUAAGAAUUAACGAGCAGCUCUGAUCUUCACUCACAGUCAUGGCAUCCUCCAGUGGUCCACUAAAUGAGGAGCUCCAGUGCUCCAUCUGUCUGGAUGUGUUCACUGACCCAGUCACCACUCCAUGUGGACACAACUUCUGCAGAACCUGCCUGAACAAGUGCUGGACAAACACACAGACCUGCUUCUGUCCAUUCUGUAAAGAAACAUUCAGCAGAAGACCUGAUCUCAAGAUUAAUACAACACUCAGAGAGGUUGUGCAACACUUUAAGGAGAAGCUCAAUCUAGGAAGAUCUGAGGUUUUUUGUGACUUCUGUGAUGAAAGAAAACAGAAAGCUGUGAAGUCCUGCCUGACAUGUCCGAGCUCUUACUGUGAGACUCACCUGGAGCCUCAUCACAGAGUCCCACGUCUAAAGAACCACAAACUGAUCAAUGCUGUGGAAAAUCUGGAGGAUUAUAUAUGCCAGAAACACCAGAGACCUCUGGAGCUGUUCUGCAGAGAUGAUCAGACGCGUGUGUGUCUGUCCUGCACUGAAGGAGACCACAGGAACCACAACACUGUUCCUAUAGAGGAGGAGAGUCAACAGAAGAAGAAUCAGCUGAUUCAGACACAGACAGACGUGCAGCAGAUGAUCCAGAACAGAACGAAGAAGAUUCAGGAGAUCCAGCACUCAGUAGAGAUGAGAAAGAGAAACACAGAGAAAGAGAAAUCAUACAGUGUUGAGCUCUUCACUGAUCUGAUCCGCUCCACUGAGAGAUGUCAGUCUGAGCUGCUGAAGAUGAUGGAGGAACAGCAGAAAGCAGCAGAGAAACAGGCUGAAGAUCUCAUUAAAGAGCUGCAGCAGGAAAUCACUGAUCUGAAGAGGAGAAACACUGAGCUGGAGCAGCUCUCACACACUGACGAUCAUCUGCACCUCAUACAGAUGUUCUCAUGCCUGUACAGUCGUCCACACGCCAAGAACUGGACUGAGAUCAGUGUUGACUCUGAUGUGGAUGUGCUCCCUAUGAACAGAGCUUUGCGUCAGUUUAAGAAAACUCUUGAUGAAACUCUAGAUGAAAAACUCAAUCAGUCUGAGUUGAAGUAUGUACAGAAGUUUGCAGUGGAUGUGACUCUGGAUCCUGAUACAGCGAAUCCAUAUCUCAUCCUGUCUGAUGAUGGAAAACAAGUCAGUAAUGGAGACAUUAAGCAGGACGUCCCAGAAAACCCAAACAGAUUUGACUCUUGUUCUUGUGUCCUGGCAAAGCAGGGUUUCAUUUCAGGGAGAUUUUACUAUGAGGUGCAGGUGAAGGGAAAGACUGAGUGGGAUUUAGGAGUGGCCAGAGAAUCCAUUAACAGGAGUGGGGAGGGUGACCUGAGUCCUGAGGAUGGAUACUGGUCUGUGAUUCUGAGGAAUGAGAAUGAAUAUGAUGCUUGUGAAAGUUCACUCGUCUCUUUAUCUCUGAAAGUGAAACCUGAGAUUGUGGGAGUGUUUGUGGAUUAUGAGGAGGGUUUGGUCUCUUUUUAUGAUGUGGGACACAGAUCUCAUAUCUACUCUUUCACUGGUCAGACUUUCAUUGACAAACUCUAUCCAUACUUUAGCCCAGACCUUAAAUAUGAAGGUAAAAACUCAAAGCCACUGAUCAUCACACCUGUUAAGAAAUAAACUGUCCUGAAGUGUGAGACAUGAAAUCUGGAAAGUUUAACUAUGCAAGGGCUGUUUUAAUGAUUAAAAUAUGUAAAUAAAAACCUACUAAGAUCCACAUAAUUAUUAUUAAUACUGAAAUAAAAUACAAAAAAUAAAAAUAUUGUAUCACAGACUGUGAGUGUGUGAAUAGCCUUUUUUGCGUGUAUAUAUAUAUAUAUAUUUUUUUUAGACUUGCGUGUGUUUGAGACUUUCCUGGCAGCGAACUCCUCCCAUGCAGGUCACUCGUACUCUUUAGCCAAUCAGAUUUGAGCCUGUCGAUCGACAAAUCAUAACCCACUGUGGGCGUGCCUACCUUACGUUACGUCAUCAGCACGAGUCCAUAGUUCCAGGUAUGAUUCAGCUGUUGAUUGUUUCAUUUAAGGUAACUAGCCUAGUAAAGGUGUAUUGUUUUAUAUUGCAUGCUUAAUUAAAUUUUGGAAGUAAAAUUGGUCGUUUAGACACACUCAUUAACGUGACCAGUGUAAGCCAGCAGCUGCUUAGUUCAGAGUGUAUUAUGUUUUAAUAUUUAUCGAUUGUUAUGUUUAUUUAAUAAAGAAUCAUUCACAUGGAUACCAUACUACAUUAAGAUAUUAAGAUCUGUCAGAGCAGAGCUUGUCUUGUGUCUCAAGUCCUCCAAUGACACGCAUUCAGCUGAUGUAAUAACAUGCACACAUUGUAAACCAUGUAUAUUUCAUUUAAGUUUGUUUAUGCUGCAGCCUGCAGAUAUUAUUUAUUUCAGAAUUGUGAGGCUGAUGAUGUACAAGUAGCUGCUGAGACACCCAUGACCGUGCGCCGCUCCUAAUUCAACCUCCGCCACAAAUUAUGAGGUGAUGUGAAUCUAAAAGUUUCAUUUGGAACUGUAACUCUUUCAAAACAGUCAUGUUGCAACCCAUCCAUUUUGACAGUUUCAACUGAUUUUUUAAGUCAUGCAUUAUUAUUACAUUUCUUUUAGAAUGGUACCCUUUGACUUUGUAUUUGAUAAGGCAUAAAGCUUUGUUAUUCAUUGUUAAAUGUUCUGGUUUUUGUCAGAAUUAAAACAUUCAA